CAUCUUGCUCCUCCACCAGCAACCAAGUCGCCAACCUGCCCAGUUACUAAUCCUAGCGUCUUCAUUAUACCGACCUCAUGCUCCCAAGGUCCCCGUCCGUCGUCCCUCAUGCCCCGUCCCGUCGGUCCUUCUCUCUUCCAGGCGAUCUCUGCGCACGCACUGCCUGUUGGCCCUGAUUGACGGCCUGCGUCCUUUUUUCUUUUUUCGUUUUCGCCUGCUGCUGUGUUGCUGUUCGGCUAUUCUCAUUGGUAUUCUUUGUUCCUGUCCGUCAGAACUCGCGUGGCA